AUGUGCAGGACUCGAAGAGACGUCGACGCAGUUGCGCCGGCAGCGAAGCAGAGACACUCGCCGACGGCUUCUGUCUCCAACGACGCAAUCAUCUACCCUUCUUCCUCGUCUGCGAAUGGCUACGUCUACGACUCCUCCUCUGUCCUUGCCUCCACCAGCACCUCCUCCACCUCCUCCUCCUCCGCCGCCCUCCAACUCCGCCUGUCACUUUCCGCGCAAGACAGCCGCCGCUUUGUGCUCUAUCCGUUCGACGAGAUCCUCUUCGCCACCGGCGGGUUUCUCUCCCCACCUCUCACCCCCUCCGCCGACUCCUGGCGCUGCCUCCUCCGGGGCGCCGAUGUUGUCGUCCUCCGUCGUCGGUUCCGGGGUGACCCCGCCUUCUUACCUUCGCGUAUCGCCGCUCUCUCCCGAAGCCACCACGGCAGUUUCGCCGACAUCCUCGGCGCCUCCCUCGACGCCGACGAGCACCUCUACCUUGUUUACGCUUUCGUUAAUGGCCCUAGCCUCGCCUGCUGCCUCCGGAACCCACAAAAUCCAAGUUUUACCCCUCUUUCCACCUGGCUCUCAAGGAUACAAGUUGCAGCCGAUCUCGCUCAGGGGUUGGAGUAUAUCCACCACCACUCCGAGGCGGUGGCGGCGGCGGCAGGGACACCCGGGAGGCGUCAGAGGCAGGGAACGGUUCACAACCAAGUGAAAAGCUCUAGCGUCAUCGUCGUAGAACCAGGGCUGCACGCCAAGAUAUGCCAUUUUGGCGCCGCGGAGAUCGCCGGCGAGAUUCCCGGUUCCGACAGCAACGAGGAGGAGGCGGACACUGAGCCAUUGGCUUUGAUGAGGAAUUGGAGCAGAGGAAGGAAGAUUGAGGGGACCAGGGGUUACAUAGCGCCGGAGGUCCUCGCCGGCGGGACGAUAUCACGGCGGUCCGACGUGUACGCAUUCGGGGUCGUGCUCCUCGAGCUUAUUUCCGGGGAGGAGCCGGUGAGGUACCGCUUCUGCCGCGACACCGGCGCGAUCGAGAACGCGUCAGUGGUCGAGACAGCAAGGAAGGCGAUGCGGCAAGAAACAGAGGAGGUGGAAGACAGGAGGAGGGGGAGGUUAAGGCAGUGGGUGGACAGGAGGUUGGGUGACUCAUUCCCGGUGGAGGCGGCGGAGGAGGUGGUGCGGGUGGCUCUGAGGUGCGUGGCGGAGGAGGAGGAGGCGAGGCCCGAUAUGGUUUGGGUGGCGGGAAAGCUGUCGAAGCUGCUACUGCAGGCGAAGGCGUGGGACGGGAAGGUGAAGACAACGGCCACAAGCUACUUGACGGCGGUGGUAGCCCGGUGA